AUGUUGGGAUGCUUGGUUGAUUCAAAUGAUCAUCCAUGUGCAAUUGAUGCUCACAUGUACAGGGCAAAAGUUAGGGAUGAAGAGAGUGGGGAAGAGUAUGGAUGGGUGCACAUGAGGCAGAGUAUUCACAACCCCAACAUUGCUCUUAAUAUGCAAUCAAUGCUUCCUGGUGGAUGUGUCUCCAUGACAAGGAUCUUCAGAGACCAGUUCUUGGAAGCUAGUGGGAUUGCUAGAUUUCUCGACAUAAGUGACUUUUACAAUUACAUCGGAAGCCAAUCUUGAUCAGACCCCCUUUAGUUCAAAUGCCUAACAUGUAAUUAAACCACAAUGCGAACUGCUACUUGUUGUAUCUCUAUUUAAUUAUGGUAACUUUGUAC